AUGGGGGCCAGCAGGCAGGGCUCUCGUUUCAUGUUUAUGUGCUGUGUGUGUGCUUCCAGAUUGCAACCAGGCUUUCUGAUGUUCUAUACAUGUCUAUUGCAUGGCUUUGCGUCUUUUACUAAAGGUGUCACUCCUGUGCAGGAUGGUGUGGACCCUUCACAGCCCAGCGGCGCUCUUCUGAGGGGCUCCUGCGGUUAUGGGGCAUUCUCCAGAAAAACUUGGCCCUUCUGGAGUGUGGCCACAGCCUCUGCCUCCAACUUUGCCCUGCUUGGGAAGGGCAGCAGCGGCUGUGGAGCCUGCCUGCAAAAGUGCGCACAGCGCCAGCAAAAUUCAGCGCAACCGGUGGUGUUUGUGGGGGACAUCUGCACCUCCUGCGCGCCGGGGCAGAUCAGCGUGCAUGCGGCCUUCUUCAACGACUCCAUCGGCGACCCCAGCAGUGGCACCCUCCCAGUGCAGUUCCGCCAGGUGGAGUGCCAGCCGCCGAGGGGGAUGGUGAUGCGCGUGACAGACUACAGCGUCAGCGGGGACGGGUCCAUCCGAGUGGUGCCCACACAGGUCGCAGGCACGGGGACACUUGACAGCGUCGAGCUGCGAGCAAGCGCUGGCGAGGGUGUGAGUGACAGGGCGCACGCCUGGCGGCCGAUGAACAACAGCUUUGGCGCUGCCUGGGAGCUCUCUGACCUGUACCCACCCCCCUUUGACCUACGCCUGCGCGACAACGUUGGCCGCACCGUCAUUGUCAACAAUGCAAUUCCGGAACCGGCCGUGGGCGAUUACGCCACAGACGCGCAGUUCAGCACGGCGGAUCGGCCGGGCGGCAGCAGCGAGGUCGCGCAAGGAACGCCCCUGCUGCCCCAGCCUGGCAGCGCCCUGGCGCCUGCACCCGCUCCCAUGCAAGAUGGAGCCUCAGGAGACCCGUCGAUCCAGCCAUUUGAGAUGGCGCAUCGUCCACCCCUGGUGGGCCUGGUCAGGACCCCCUCGCCUGCCCCCCAGCUGAUACAGCUGCCCUUCAGCAACUUUGUAAUACCCAACGCCACAGGUCUGACCUCGUUUCUGAUGAAUGGCAACACCUCCCAGACGGUAUUUGCACCCACCAACUCUGCGUGGAAGGGGCAGCCGGACACUCGCAGCAGCCGCGCACUCACCAACCUCAUGCUCUUCCACAUGGCCCUAGGCAACAGGGACGUGUCAAGCUUUCACACAGUGGCAGCAGCUGGCGGCCAGGACUCAAAACUAGACUACAGUGGCGCAGUGCCGAUGGACACUCUGCAAGGCAACUCAGUGUACAUCCGGCCAAAUGCAGACAAAGGGGGGCUGCUGGUGGGUGACUCAGCGCGCGCAGCUGGCACGCCCACAAAUUUCGCGCAGGCCACCUGCUCUGGCAGUGUCUAUGGACUGGACAUUGUGCUGUCGCCGCCCACAUGA